AUGUCAAUCUUUUCCAGCAUCUCAUCACUUGGCCUCGAGGCAUGCUACCGCCAUCAUGUACGCACCUCUCCCAAUGCUACUGCGGUAGUGGACGGAGACCAAUCGAUGACAUAUCGGGAGCUUGAGACCCGUGUCAACGAUCUGGCCUCAAUUCUAGGUCGGGAGAACAUUGAAGAGGAGGAGCCAAUUGGCAUUCUUGUGCCCAUGGGCAUUGCACAUGUCGUAGCCCAAGCGGCUGUGUUGCGCUUGGGAGGAUCUUGUGUACCCAUGGAUCUGUCAUUCCCCGACCAGCGCAUCAAUGACCUUUUACGCGCCUUGAAAACGCGCAUUGUUCUCACAGUCGAGAGCGAGAAGGCUCGCUUUGCGGAGUUCCAAACGAUUCUCGUGGAUUCCAAGUAUGCCAACCUCCAUCAAAAUGGAUACCAUGAAGACACGAUCCCCGCUGUCGAGACCGGGCGCAAUCACCGGACUCAUAUCCUGCACACCUCUGGGACAACAGGUCUGCCCAAGCCCGUGGAGAUCAUGUCGAAGGGGAUCACGCGAAUGGCUUUCAACACGCAAUGUGUUGAGUUCAAAAGCACGGAUCGAGUUGCGCAGAUUUCAGCCCCCAGUUUUGAUGCCGCUCUGUUUGAGAUAUGGACCACGCUUGCUCGCGGAGCCGCCAUUGUUCUCCUCCCAAAGAACGUCGUUAUUGAUCCUGUCGCCCUUCAUGACAGCCUGCGCAAAUACCGUAUCACUUCCAUUCUGGUGACGACUGCACUAUUGAACCAUGUCGUGUCGGCCAUUCCCAAUGCGUUUGAAGACCUGGAUUAUGUGCUUACUGGCGGUGAGGCGGCGAAUCCCAGUGUCAUGCAAGUGAUAUUGGAGAAUGGCCCACCGAAGAAGCUUGUCCACGCCUACGGACCUACCGAAUGCACCAUCAUCACAACCUACCACCUCACGACAUUGGAGGAAGUCCGCCGGGGGCAAACCCCUAUUGGGAGACCAUUGGACAAUACCACGGUCCAUAUCCUGGAUGAUAACCUCCAGCCUGUCAAGGAAGGCAUUGUCGGCGAACUCUAUAUCGGUGGCGACGCAGUUGCACGCGGUUACCUGGGGCGCCCAGAAGCAAAUGCCAAGAGCUUCCUCGAAGUGUCCCAUUUAUCGAAGGAUGGGUCACCGGUUCGCAUCUACCGAUCGGGGGAUCUAGUACGUAUGCUUGACACCGGCGCCAUUGAGUUUGUGGCUCGAGCAGACAACAUGGUCAAGAUCCGUGGAUUCCGCAUCGAGCCAGCGGAGAUCGAGGGGGCACUCCUGAAGAGCGAGAUGGUCCAGGGUACAGUUGUACUGCCUGUUCAUCGCCCGGGAAAAGAAACGUAUAUCGUGGCUUUUGUAAUUCCCAAACAUGAUGGUGCAUUUUCUCUGGAGCAGCUGGACGAAUAUCUGCGGCGGCGGCUACCGGCGUACAUGAUGCCCCGGUUGGAGGCUGUCGCCUCGCUACCAUUGACCGUUCAUGGUAAGAUCGAUCGUGUGGCAGUCAUGAAGAAGCAUAUGGAAGAAACAAAGAGGGCCGAACAACAGGUUCUUAUAUCCUCCAACGUCAAAGAUGCCGGAGACAGUGUAACCUGGUUACGUACCUUGUGGACAUCGGUGCUCGGCAUUAGCAACAUUGACAACGAGGCCAGUUUCUUCCACUUGGGAGGCAGCUCACUACAGGCAGCCGCGCUGCUGGUCCACAUUCGUCGGCGCUUCGGCUUGACAUUGACCAUGCAGCAAAUCUACGACUCUCCCACCCUUCUUGGCCUGGCCAGCGUGAUUGAUGCUGGUCAUGCCAAAAGCAAAGUCGACCACUCCCGGCUUGGAAUAUUCAUCGCCGACUCCCAAUUGGCGAAGGACAUUCCGGUUCUGUCGAAAGAAGCUCCAGAUUGGAGAAGCCCCUCCGAAGGUAAGGUGUUUCUGACUGGAGCAACUGGAUUCCUUGGGACGUACUUCUUGCGUGAGUUGAUCGACCGCCCCGAUGUCAGAAGCGUCAAGUGCCUGGUUCGUGCUUCGGACGCGCACUCUGCCCGGACACGGCUUCUCGGCGCUUUGGACAAAUACGGGCUGGGAUGGGCGGACAAUCUGGACAAGGUGACAGCUAUUGCGGGAGACCUGGGCAAGGAUUUGUUCGGACUGUCCGAGACCGAAUUCCAUGAACUAGCUCUCUGGACUAGCGUCAUCUUUCACGUCGGCGCGCAUGUAAACUACGUCCAACCGUACGAGAAGCACCGUAACACUAACGUCUAUGGAACUCUGAACUGCAUCAAGCUUGCGACGACCGGACGAACCAAGGCACUUCAUUAUACAUCGACCGCCGCCGUCACAGGGCCAGUGUCUCACUUCACAGGCGCAGACAAAAUCCCGGAGGAUGUAGAUCUUGGUGAGUUCCAGGGCUGGCUGCCCUAUGAUAUCGGUUACACGCAGAGCAAGUGGGUAUCGGAGCAAUUGAUCCAUUCUAUGAUCGCAAAGGGCCUACCGGCGAUUGUAUUCCGGCCGGGCUUCAUCAUGGGUGACAGUCUUCGUGGCAAGGGGAACUGUGACGACUUCAUGUGCCGGGUGUUUAUCGGCUCUAUCAAGUUGGGAUACCGUCCCAUUCUCCCGAAUCAAAGCAAGAUCAUGAUUCCUGUUGAUUUUAUCAAGACCGCUCUGCUGCAUAUCACGUCGAAUCCCUACAACUUCGGACGGACUUUCCACCUGGUACCACAAACGCCCGAGGAGGACACGGACAUUGAAACUUCCUGGAACAUGCUCAAGGAACUAGGGUAUGACCUGAAGGCCGUUGAGUACAAGGAUUGGUUGGAGAUACUAUCGAAGGACAAGGAUCUGCUCACCAACCCACUGUUGCCAAUGUUACCAGUACUGCAGGAGCUAGUGCGGAAGCAUCUGACGCGAUGGGAGCUUUACGAGGACAUGGCCACUUACGAUGUCACAAAUACCAGAAGGUCCCUAGCAGAUCGUGGAAAGCUGAAGUCUGGUAUUGGGCUGGAGGACUUACGUCGACAUGUUGAGGAUUGGGUCGCUCGAGGACUAGUGCCUUCGAGGAACUAA